GGCGUCCAAACUCUGCAUUCCAGCCUCCUCCUGCUGUUCUAAAAGCAGCAAAACAAGUCAUCGCAGAGUCCCAGCAGCGAAUUACUCUGCCCAGCUUCCUUUCUAAAAAGGCCGGGGAGAGAGCUCCAAAGUAAACCACUAAUGUGCACAAACGCAGGACAUGCAAGAGGCAGAGGCACCGGCCCCCUGUGAGCAGCAGACCGGCCUGGUGGCUGGCAACAGGACCCCCUCGCCUGCAUGCUGAAGAAGAUGGGUGAGGCCGUGGCCAGAGUUGCAAGGAAGGUCAACGAGACUGUGGAGAGCGGCUCUGAUACCCUGGAUCUGGCCGAGUGCAAACUGGUUUCCUUCCCCAUUGGCAUCUACAAGGUCCUGCGGAAUGUCACCGACCAGAUCCACCUCAUCACGCUGGCCAACAACGAGCUCAAGUCCCUCACCAGCAAGUUCAUGACCACGUUCUGUCAGCUCCGAGAGCUCCGCCUGGAAGGGAACUUCCUGCACCGCCUCCCCAAUGAGGUCAGCACCCUGCAGCACCUCAAGGCCAUUGACCUCUCCCGGAACCAGUUCCGUGACUUCCCCGAGCAGCUCACCACCUUGCCAGCACUAGAGACCAUCAACCUGGAGGAGAAUGACAUCGUGGAUGUGCCUGUGGAGAAGCUGGCCACCAUGCCCGCCUUGCGCAGCGUCAACCUCCGCUUCAACCCCCUGAGCCCUGAGGUGCGCGUCAUCGCUCCGCCACUCAUCAAGUUCGACAUGCUCGUGUCCCCUGAGGGUGCCCGACCCCCUCCACCUUAGGCCUCCCUCCUCAUGGCCACCCGGCGAGGGACUGAGGCCACCUGGGCUGUCACCCUGAGGGAAGGGCGUCCCACAGGCCCCUGGGAGGCCAAGCCUGGGGUGGGGGGAGCUGGGGGCGGGUGGGCCAGAGAGCACGUGCUGGGAGGGGGCCCAGCUGGCUCGGGAUAGAUAGCUUAGAGCAGUAGUGGGCCCUGGGGUCCCCUGGGGCUGGAGCCUGGAUGCUGGGCGCCCGCAGCUUCUGUGUGCAUCUGGACAGACGCCUACCCUCUACGAGCCUUGUUUGGGCAAAGGGGCAGCGGUGGGGGUGGGGGCCUUUGCCAGUCCUUUGAGCUCCUUGAAGGCUUUUUGGGCAACACGUGCCUUCAGGUUGUCUUCAGGCCAUCAGGCUCCUUCGGAGCCCGCAGAUCACUUUCUGGGCCACUGUGGGUUUGAGGCCUUGCUUCUGGCGCUGAAAGCCAGCCGCCACCCUGAGAGGACUAGAAGACAACCUCCCUCUGCUUAUUGCUUCCUAAGGACUGACCUGCAUUGGGCCCUCUAUGGGGCGCCAUCCGCAGCCCCGUGGGUCUCUAGAUUGGCGGGAGCCGGCGCCAGGAGUCGUGGGAACGCUGUGGGGAGAGUGUGGCUCUGCUCGAGCCAGGCUGCGGAUGUUUAUAGAGGAGCCCAAGGCCCAUCAGGCCAGGAAGAGGAGCAGAUCGGGUCCUUCGUGAUGAAGACAUGAGCUGGGCAGGCAGUUCUAAGGGCUCCGCAGGACAGACGAGGUGUGUCUGGCAUCAGCCCUUGAGCCACGCAGGAGGUGGCCCAGGAGAAGCCAAGCCAGUCGUACCUGUGGCUUGGGUACAAGGUAGUUGGCUACCACCAUGGUCUCCUUCUGGCAGCAGCCUGGCCGCCGCCUCAUUGGUCCUCCGGGGGGGGCAGAACACACUGUAGACCUUCGGAUUUGUGGCUAGCCAGCUCCCAAGCCUCCACCCAAAACCCUGCACCUAGUCAUUUCUGGGCCCUCCACCUGGGGUCUAGGAUGUGGCCAGGCCAUAGGACUGGGACUGAGGGGUUUCCUGGGACAUGGGAUUGCAGUGCUCCCGCUGAGACAAUACCUGGCAAACAGGGACAGCUGGUUUCCUAUGAGCAAGGGACUUGGGACUCUUGCUGAUCAUAUCUGUGGUGUGGAGAACCCUGACCUCUUGAUCCCCCAGGCAUCCACCUCCCACCUUCUCAUCUGUGGAGCCGACAGACUCAGAGCCCACCUGGCCUGGAUCUUUGUCUUGGUCUGUGGGAGAUAGCUGAGACCCCAGGACAUGGUGCAGACCAGGCCACCCAACCCUACAUCCAAAUAUUGAAAGCCACACUUCCAUGCCCAGGGUUAAGCUUCUUCCAACCCCAGACCCUCUUCCUCAGAAUGCCGUGUUCCUUGUCCCCUCCCCAGCCCUGGGGCCCGCCUCUGCCCAGGCCUCCUGCCUCCUAGCAAGGACUGACAGGUUGGACCAUUGUUGGCUCAGAGUGCUCAGCGUCUCAAGAGAUGCUGUGUUGACUGUGCUCUGGGAAAGGGGUUUGCAGGGCAGGGAGGUCCAGAUGGAUCUUCAGGCCUGCAGGGCUCAGCUGUGGACAAGUGGGAACUGUGGCCCCGUCCGGACUGGCCUGGCCUCCCAACCCUGUGUCGCGGCAUCAAAGAAGAAGUGCACUUUUCUGAGAGGCACAAAGGCACUGUGUGGCCAGAGCCUCGCAACCCAGAGUGUGAUCUGGGGACCAGCAGCACUGGCAUCCAUGGGAACUUGUUAGAAAUGCAGAGUCCCAGGCCCCACGCCAGACCUCCAGCAGCAGCACUUGCGUUUCAACAAGACUCCUAGGUGAUUCCUAGAAGCACUUUAUCGUUUGAGAAGCCAGGGCCUAGGUGUGACCCUGGGCUCAUCCUUGGAGUGGAGGACAGAGGUUUCAGCCCUCCCCCUGCUACUCCAGGCCUCUGAGGCUGUGCCCACUCCCAUCCCUAAACCAGCCCCAGGACACCCCAGGCCUCUCAGAUCUUUUCAGAGUCUACGUGACUCUUGCAGCGAAGGGAAUGAUCUGAAGUCCCCAGGAGAUGAGGGUUGGGUUUGCCUGGCCCUCUGGCCACUGCCUUUCUGGUUACCCUCUGCAUAGCCAGCUCCUGCUUCCCUACAUCCUCACAUCAGGCCCUUUUGAAGGGGUUGCUUCUGGAAGUUGUUUUCUACUCUGCUGGGAGAGUCUUCCCUUGCCUGUGUGGGAAAGCCUGAGGUGCAGAAGCCCCCAGAUCAGAGCCCACAGUGUAAAUGAGCCCUUAGCUUCAGUCUGCAAUAAAGAACGCUUUGGUUUCAUCUGCUUGCUUGGUGCUGGGUUCCUUCUUUCCGCACAGAAAACCCCUGCCCCACCCUGUAGCCUGCGUGUCAAACCUGAGGGGCUCCUUUUGUUGAAAGCUUGAGCUUCAAAAGGAGUCACCCUAGGGUGAUACUCAGAAUAAUUACAGGCUGCUGCAGAGGUGACCAGGUAGAUGUGAUACAUGGCUUGGAACUGUGCUAUUACAAGACCGCCAGACCCCCAGUUCCAGCUGGGACCACAGACCUGGGAAAGGAUGAAGGCACCUGCUGUCCCUCAGUUUCUCCCUUACCAAUGCAAGAAAUGACACCCUUAGCAGUUCGUUCCUCAGUGUCUGUGGCUCUCAGAGAGAGGCCUCUGGACCAGCACACCUAGGGAGCCGGCCAGCUGCACACAUUCUUGGCCCCUGCCCCGAUCUCCAGAAUCCGACACGGGGUGGGCUGGCACCCUGUUUCAUCAAGACUUCCAGGGGGUCCGCUACCUGCUCAAUUUAGAGUUCGGAGUUCAAGUCGGGUUUUGUUUCCUAAAUCUGAAAGGCUUCCUGAGUUUAUUCUGAGUUGUGGGCCACCCAUAUGUAACAAUACUGAGGUUAGUGGGUACCAGGCAGCGUCUAAGCACACGGCAGAGCUGAACUCAUUUGACCCUGUAACAACCCGAGCAGGCUGGGAGUUGGACAGAUCGCGUUCCCUCUCCAGGCCUAUUUCCUGUUGAUAAGGAGACUGCACCAGAAGAUCCCUGAAGGCCUUUCUGGAACAUUGAUCCCUAUUUCUUGAUUCUGGGGCCUUGCUGUAUCUGUCCCUUGUGGAUGAGCCUGGAUGCAAACUGCCCACCCCUCGCCCCAAAGCUCAGAGGACUCCAUUUCUUCUGGUCGAACUCUGGGUCACCGAAAAUCGCACAGGCUCGGCCGCUUGGUGAGACAAAGCUCCGCCUCGAGAGCAUCUGACUAGUAAGUGUGUCCCGGGGGAUGACAGAAAUCACAGCAAUUAGAUUUCGGAGUGUGAUUUCAGGUGGGUUUUCAAUGCAGUGGAGGAAGGACACCUUGACUGAGACUAGGUGAGGAUUAUGGUCUGGUUUGGGAUGGGCGGACACAGCAGAGGGGCAUUUGGAGACAAGGAAAUCAGAGUCUGUAAGAUGUAAACUCUUGCGAUGCUAUUUACUGAAGAAUUGAGUGGUUUUUUCCUUUAAAUGAUUCAGGAAGCCCCGGAAUGAACAAUAAAGUUAUUUACAACUUCCCUUUCUCAGGCAGGAGUUUCCUGGAACGAUACCAUUAUGUUGAAGAAGGCAGGGGUUAAGUCUAAUGAAUGUAGACAGGUGUGUGGGACUCGAGGGUUUUUUUUUUUAAGUAUUACUGAGAUGUAAUUAAUAUACGACAUUAUGUUAGCUUCAAGUCUUCAAGUGUCCACGAUACUGAGUCUCUGUAGCUAUUGUGAAAAGAACAGCACCAGAAUUCUGGUAACAUCCAUCACGGCACAUAGAGGAUACUGAUUCUCGGUCUCACCAAAAUACCGUGUGGGACCCUAGAGCCCUCCUUUGGAGCUGCCUUUUACACCAAACGUGCCUCUUGCUUCUCAGAAAGCCAGCCCUGGCGUGGAGAGUGGCUCCUGGGAGGGUCUGCCCCAGAAUCCCUGAGCAUAGCCCUGGGAGAGAUGCCAAGGCCAGGACGGACGGGGGCCAGGAGCAGCGAGACCAUGCUAGGAACCCGUGUCUCAGCGCCAGGUGUGCUGGACCCCUCUCAGGAAAGGGCCACGAGCUGGCUGCCUGAGGUCUGGGCAAGAGCACCCAUGGAGCUCCUGGUCCUUAUGAGCACCAGGAAGGCACCUGGAUGUUUCUCCAUUACUCUUAGCAGUCCCCCUCCUGAUGCCUGCUGUGCCGAUGAGGAAGCCGGCUCAGUUUGGGGCUUAGCAUGGGCCUGGGAAGGAGCAGAGCCUGGGUCUGAACAGGGAGACCAGCUCGGACAGGACAAGCAAUGCCGUCUCCAGCUCGCACGCUUCCUUUCCCAUCACAGCCCCGUGAAGAGGCCUCUCUGUGCCUUACUCUCCUCGUCUGAAAAAUGGGUGCUACCCCUGCCUUCCUUCCCUAACGUCAGAGGGCUUCACAACAGAUGGUGCAGGUAAGCAGCGCUGGGGGCGCCACCGCACACCCAUCUCGCACACUCGAACAUUCCUCUCCCAGCAGAGCACCACUGCCUCAUGUGAGCCCAGCCUUCCCUGCUGAGAACCUCACGGGGUCCGGACAGGGCCGCGCUGCUUGUCACGCAGCUCCAGGGCACACCGGGUGCUGGUGGGAGGCUGACUCCCACAGGGCACGAGAGGACAGACAGAUUCCCCCGCCACCGACUCACCCCACCUUCACAGUUCGGGCACCCCUGAAGCUCUGUCGCAGGCCUUGGCUCAGGGCCAGCCGGGGCUGAUGGCAGACUGUGUGUACAUCCGAAUUCUUACAGCCAAGGGCCUGGGCACCCUCACUCCUGUAGACCAGAAGCCCGGCAAGGUGGGUGUCUUCAAGGGUGGAUGUGGCAGGCAGCUGCACGGCCCUGCCCCGCGGAUGUCGCCUGCCACGGACUCCAGCUAAUCGGGGCCAGGCACCUGGAGAACAAUGUGAAGGGGCCACUGGAGUUGUGCAGUACAGGAGAGAAACAGACUCUUCGAGGAGCAGAGGUGUGGGCUUUGCUUUGAGGUUGAUGUACUGGGAACCUUCAUCUCUGUGGGAGCCAGAGACCCGGUGCCACACCGUUCACAACUCCAGGGGCC